AGAAGCGACGACUUAAGAGUAGCAGCGCCGCAAUUCCCUCUGGACGGGAAUUACCGAACGGAUGGCGGAAGUUGCCGAGCGCGAUCGAAGGCGGUGUCGGCGCCCGUCCGAGAGCGCCGAACGCGCCUCCGGAAGUUGCCGAACGGCCGGGGAGGGAGGGCAGGCAGCGGCGCCACACAAGAUGGCGGACGGGGAGGAGGUUACUCUGGACGGGAGGCCGCUCCAGGCGCUGAGGGUCGCCGACCUGAAGGCGGCCCUGGAGCAGCGCGGCCUGGCGAAAAGCGGGCAGAAGAGCGCGCUGAUUAAGCGCCUCCGAGGGGCCCUGAUGCUUGAAAACCUCCAGAAGCAUUCAACCCCCCACACCACCUUCCAACCCAAUUCCCAGAUUGGGGAGGAGAUGAGCCAAAACAGCUUCAUCAAACAGUACCUGGAAAAACAGCAGGAGUUGCUGAGGCAGCGUCUGGAGCGAGAGGCACGGGAAGCUGCAGACCAAGAGAGCAAAAGCUGCAUCACGUCGAGGGAGAGAGGAGAGUCUGAUGAUGAACAGCCCAGGAGACCAGAGCAACAUCCUUCCCGGGUUAGGCAGGCAAGAGCUGUUAAACCCCCUCCACCGAGCAGUGAAGAACGGGAAACAUCUCUUAGGAGUCGACGGGCCAUCCAGCGGGCAUCCAUAAAAGAUGAAGAGGAGGAGGAAGAAGAAGAAGAAGAGGAAGAGGAGGAGGAGGAAGAGGAAGAAGAUGAGGACGCUGUCCCCUUGCUGCCAAAACUCUUGCUGCCGGCUGAGCCGGUAGGGCCAGCUCCCUUGGAUGAACCUUCACUGCCUGUCACUGAAAUCCCGCAAAAGGAGGUUGCAGCCAAGAGUCCAGACACUCAAGGCUGUGGCGCAGCUAUCCCUCUUCUCUCCCCCACAAAGGGACCUGCUAAGAAGGAGAUGAGGCCUGCUGAGGAGGAGAUGAGGCCUGCUGAGGAGGAGAUGAGGCCUCCUGAGGAGAAGAUGGGGCCUCCUGAGGAGGAGAUGGCUCCUCCUGAGGAAGAGAUGGCUCCUCCUGAGGAGGAAAUGGGGCCUGCUAAGGAGGAAAUGGGGCCUGCUAAGGAGGAAAUGGGGCCUGCUAAGGAGGAAAUGGGGCCUACUAAGGAGGAAAUGGGGCCUGCUAAGGAGAAAAUGGGGCCUGUUAAGGAGGAGAUGGAGCCCACAAUGCCAGCAGACAGGGAAGAGCAACAGGCAGCAGUCCUGGAAGAACCACAGGAGGAAAAAGGGGUACCUAAGGUACCAGGCCCUCAGGAAAAGGAGCCAGUCAAGGUUGUGGAAUCGGAGACCACAGCCCAGUUACCAGAAGCCUUAAAGGAGAGAGCGGAUAAAGACAUGGGGUGUCAGGAGCAGCAAGGGGUGACUAGCCCCCAUGGGACAGCUGAGGUGCAGGCGGCAGGUCUGAAUGAGGCCAGCCCUGCUCCUCUGGAGCCCCAUCAGAUGAUGGAAGAGCCAGAGAGAGAUGAAGACCAGGAGGAAGAAGCAGAAACACUCAGGAGCCUGGAGGAAGCAGCAACGGCAGCAGCUGCAGCCCUGACCCAGGCAUCCCCCUCGCCCCCACAGUUAACCGAAGCACAGCAGGCCCAACAAGACCAUGGUGGAGACGAGCCCCCUUUGCCCCUCUUGACAAAGGAAGCCUCGGCUGAGCCCAGUCCUGCCGAAGAUGAGGUCCCGCCGCCGCUCUCCUGCCCUUCUCCCCCCGCUCAGGAACCUCCGGGCACAGUCAGUCCUGACAUCCCUGAGGACAAGCCUGGCCACUUGCCAUCUCCCUUGCCCCUUCCCCAGCACCAACGGGAACGGCCUGAGGGCUCCAGCUCAUCCCGCUCCUCUUCUUCUUCAGCAUCCAGUUCCUCCAGGUCCCGAUCUCACUCCCGGGGAAGCUCGCAACCCCGGUCCCGCGCCAGAAGGCCCCGCUCUGGCUCUUCAGAGUCGCCUGCAAGGAACCGGCGGGCUUCCGGCUCUCCAUCUCGUUCUGGCUCUGAUCGACACAGCAGUUCAUGCUCCAGGUCUCGCUCUAGGUCCCGUUCACGAUCACGCUCCAGCAGCGGGAGCAGCAGAAAGUCCCGCAGCCCUGAAGCAUCAAGGGACAGUACCAGCUACCCUCACACCAAAGAGCCCUCUCCACCGGGGGAGACCCUCUCACACCGCAGCCCCCAGAGCCAGCCAGACAUGCCAUCAAGCCACCAGGAAGAGGGAAAAACAGCCACUCAUUCCCCAUCUUCAGACCCUCCGAAGCAUCUUAGCCACAUCCAACAGAAGCAGGAGCACCAAGACGUGGAGAUGGAAAGCACAGUUCCUGAACGAGGCAGUCCAGAGCCUCCCUCUCCUAUGGAGGCUUCUGGUCUGGACAGCGAGGUCCCGGCCUGGGAGCCCCAGCAUCCACCUGAGCAGCAGCACUGCGAAAGUGAGGAGAAGCAAGAGGUCCCCAUGGAGCCGUCUGAACCUCGCCCCGAAAGCGAGGGCCCCGAGCCUGGCCCCGAUGAACACCCAUCCACAGAGCCCCCCGGCCCCGACGCGGGCCCUGACGACGAGGAAAAGAAAGAGGGCUCAACUCAACCCAAGGCCUUCAAACGGAAGAUAUCUGUUGUAUCUUCAUCUGUGGCCAAGAGCCCUGUGGCAACAAACAGUGACACGGAGGCAAGCCAGCCGGGAGGCCGGAAACGGCGCUGGGGAUCCAGCACGGCUGUGACGCAGAAGAAGCCUUCAAUCAGCAUCACUACAGAGUCUCUCAAGAGCCUGAUCCCUGAGAUCAAGCCGCCCGCAGGAGGGCAGGAAGCGGUGGUGGACCUCCACGCAGACGACUCCCGCAUCUCUGAAGAUGAAUCUGAGCGCCACUCGGAAGAACCCCCCCAUGAGAAGGCGCUCAAGAUCUGCCGCACCGUUACACAGGUGGUGCCAGCAGAAGGCCAGGAGAAUGGCCAAGGAGAGGAAGAGGAAGAAGAGGAGAAGGUCCAAGAGGAGGAGCCGCCUGAGGCUCCACCUGUUGUUGCGGUGGAGGCUGUUGUUCCGCUGCCCCCCGUUGAGCACGAAGUGAAAAAAGUCACGUUGAGCGACACGCUGACCCGACGCUCCAUAAGCCAGCAGCGCUCUGGCGUCUCCAUCACCAUUGACGACCCUGUUCGCAUUGCCCAGGUCCCCUCCCCACCCCGAGGCAAGGUCGGCAACAUCGUCCACAUCUGCAACCUGGUGAGACCCUUCACUUUGGGGCAGCUGAAGGAGUUGCUGGGUCGGACAGGCACUCUGGUGGAAGAAGCCUUCUGGAUCGACAAGAUCAAAUCUCAUUGCUACGUCACAUAUUCCACAGUGGAGGAAGCUGUAGCAACUCGUAAUGCUCUUCAUGGGGUCAAGUGGCCACAGUCGAACCCCAAGUUCUUAUCAGCAGACUUUGCUGAACAAGAUGAGCUGGAUUUCCAUCGGGGCCUGUUGGCCGAGCGCCCCGCUGAAGCCAAGGCAGAGGAGUCCCUUCCACUCCCAGGAGCCAUGGGCCCAGUGGCAAGAGGGGAGCGCGAAUUGUCCCGGCGCUCGGAGGCGAGGGAGCGAGAGGCGGCGGUGCGGGAGCAAUGGGCCGAGAGGGAGCGGGAGAUGGAGCGCCGGGAGCGGACACGGGCCGAGCGGGAGUGGGACCGGGAUAAAGUGCGCGAGGGCCCCCGUUCGCGCUCCCGUUCCCGAGAGAGACGCCGCAAGGAGCGGCCCAAGUCCAAAGAGAAGAAAGCAGAAAAGAAAGAAAAGGCCCAGGAGGAGCCCCCGGCUAAACUACUUGACGAUUUGUUCCGCAAAACCAAGGCAGCCCCUUGCAUUUAUUGGUUACCCCUCACGGACACCCAGUAUGUUCAGAGGCAAGCGGAGAGGGAUGCCCGGGCGCGGGAACGGGAGCGCCGGCGCAAGGAGCUGGAGGCCGAAGAGGCUCGCCAGCGGGAGCGCAGCCGCCAAGCAGAGCGGGAGAAGCGCCGGGAGCACAGCCGGGAGCGGGAGCGCCCCAGCGCCAUGGCCAGUGGAACCAGCAGCAGGGGAGGAGGAGGAGGAGGAGGAGAGCGCAGCAGCGGAGGAGGAGGUGGCGGCGGAGGAGGUGGCAGGGAACGGGAGCGGGAGCGGCGGGAGGCCAAGACCCGACACAGCCGAAGUCGGAGUCGCAGCACGCCUGUACAGGACAGAGGGGGGCGCCGCUGAACUAUUCCAGCUUUUUUUUUUCUUUGACCUUCUGGGGAAGGGGAAGGUGGUGGCAGCGGCGGCGGCAACAUUGGCCCUUUUCCCUUCUCCCUCUCCCCCUUCUGCCCUGGUUCAUGGGGGAAAGGAAUGGGUCAGGCUUUCCUUUCCCAGCAGCUACAUACAAGGAGAGGAGGGAGGGGAGGAGGAGCAGAGUGCUGGGAUGAAAUAGCUGCAGGAUCCUUCUUCCUUCCUGUUGGGAUCCUUGUGUCCCCGGCCCUUCCGCUCUCCUCCUCUCCCCGGGGCCAGUUCCCUCUCCCGUUAAUUUGUAUUUUAUUUUGGGAAGAUUUUUUUUAAUUAUUAUUCUUGAUGAUACAGGAAAGAGAGCAUAAUAAAGAGAUGGCGUUAGUUUUA